AUGAAGCUGUUAAAUUUCUUUUUGGGCCUUUUGGCCUCGUCCGUCCGCGCUGACGACAAGAAGGACGACGUCGGAACCGUUAUCGGUAUCGAUUUGGGAACCACUUAUUCCUGCGUCGGUGUCUUCAAGGGAGGCAGAGUUGAAAUCAUUGCCAACGAUCAGGGUAACCGAAUCACCCCAUCCUACGUUGCCUUCACCUCCGAGGGUGAGCGACUCAUCGGUGAUGCCGCCAAGAACCAGCUUACUACCAACCCACAAAACACUGUUUUCGAUGCCAAGCGACUCAUCGGCCGAACCUGGUCCGACCCCGCCGUCCAGUCCGACAAGAAGUUCUUCCCAUUCGCCGUUGUUGAAGAUAAAUCCAAGCCCGCCAUCAAGGUCAACACUGGCUCUGGCGACAAGACUUUCACCCCAGAAGAAAUCUCCGCUAUGGUCCUCGGAAAGAUGAAGCGAAUUGCUGAAGAUUACCUCGGAACCACUGUUACCCACGCCGUUGUCACUGUCCCCGCCUAUUUCUCUGAUGCCCAGCGACAGGCUACCAAGGAUGCUGGCGUUAUCUCCGGUAUGACAAUCAUGCGAAUCAUCAACGAACCUACUGCUGCCGCUAUUGCCUACGGUUUGGACAAGGACAAGGAAGGCGAGAAGAACAUCCUUGUAUUCGAUCUUGGUGGAGGUACCUUCGAUGUCUCUCUCCUCACUAUCGACUCUGGUGUCUUCGAGGUCGUCGCUACUAACGGUGAUACUCAUCUUGGAGGUGAAGAUUUCGAUCAGCGAGUCAUGGACCACUUCAUGAAGCUCUACAAGAAGAAGACAGGCAAAGAUAUCCGAAAAGACAACCGAGCCGUCCAGAAACUCCGACGAGAAGUCGAGAAGGCCAAGCGAGCUCUUUCUUCCACUCACUCCGCUCGAAUUGAAAUCGAAUCUUUCUUUGAUGGCGAGGACUUCUCCGAGACUCUCACCCGAGCCAAGUUCGAGGAACUCAACAACGAUCUUUUCCGAGGAACCCUCAAGCCAGUCCAGAAGGUCUUGGAAGACGGUGAAAUGAAGAAGAACGAAAUCGAUGAAAUCGUCCUUGUCGGUGGCUCCACUCGAAUCCCCAAGGUCCAGCAGCUCGUCAAGGAAUUCUUCAACGGCAAGGAACCAUCCAAAGGUAUCAACCCCGAUGAGGCCGUCGCUUAUGGUGCCGCUGUCCAGGCUGGUGUUCUCUCCGGUGAAGACAACGUCGAUGUCGUCCUUCUCGAUGUCUGCCCAUUGACCCUCGGUAUCGAAACUGUCGGUGGUGUCAUGACCAAGAUCAUUCCCAGAAACUCCGUCGUCCCAACCAAGAAACAACAGAUCUUUUCCACCGCCGCCGAUAACCAACAGACCGUCACCAUCCAGGUCUUCGAAGGUGAACGACCAAUGACCAAGGACAACCACAUCCUCGGCAAGUUCGAUCUCAACGGCAUUCCCCCAGCUGCCCGAGGUGUUCCCCAGAUCGAGGUCACCUUCGAAAUCGAUGUCAACGGUAUCCUCCGAGUCUCUGCUGAAGAUAAGGGCACUGGUACCAAAGAAAAGAUCGAGAUCAAGAACGACUCCAACCGACUCUCCCCCGAAGAUGUCGAGCGAAUGAUCAAGGACGCCGAAAUGUUCGCUGAGGAAGACGCCAAGGUCGCUGCCCGAGCCACCGCCAAGAACGAGCUCGAACAGUACGCUUACGGACUCAAGAACCAGGUCGGAAACGACGACCCCGAGAAGGGCCUUGGAUCCAAGCUCUCCGAUGAAGACAAGGAAGAGAUUAACACCGCCGUCGAAAACACCAUCGAAUGGCUCGACGAAAACGGCGAGACUGCUGAAGCCGAAGACAUUAAAGAAAUGAAGGAGAAGCUCGAAGGUAUCGUCAAGCCAAUCAUCGACGCCCUUUACGCUGACCAGGGUGGUUCUGAUGAAGACCACGACGAGUUGUAA